AUGAGCAGUCCCCGCGACGUCGACGCCGCGUUCGUCACGAAGACGACGGCCAAACACCGCAAGAAACCGCCGGCAGCAGCAGCCGCCGCCGCCGCUGGCCAAGACGACCAGCGCCACGUCGUCGCAACGGCUGCUGCGACUGCGACAGCCACUGCGCGCGCGAGUCGCACAAGUGACGUGGCGACUGCAGCUGCCGCCUCACCCCACCGCACGAUGCCGCCGCCGUCUGUGUCGACGACGCUGAGCGCCAGUCACGACAACGCGAGCAUUUCGCUGCGGCCCCGCACGAUGUUUGCGAUGAAGGGCCGCGGCCGCACCGAGUCCGAAGGCGCCGCGUACCGCCCACAGUGGUCGAAAGACGGCGAAGGGUUUGUAUCGUCCUCGACCGCGUCCACAGCUGCUGUAGCAGCUGCUGCAGGUACAGCGCUGUCCACGUCGGGCACUGGACCGCUGUCGAUGAAAGACGCAGUUGUUGGCGGCAGCGACGACCACCGGACCGAUCGGCGCAAGACCAAAGUCGUGCGCUACAGCAAAGAAGAGCUCCUGGCGCUCCAUUCGCCGACGAAUGAGCUGCCGGCGUUUCUCGUCGAGACGUCCGUGGCGUCCGAGCACAGUCUCCCGCCCGUGGGGACGCUGCCGUUUGACUACGAAGAGAUUUACAAACAGUGGUCGCUCAACCGCAAUCGCGGACGUGGGCGCGGCCGCAGCAAUGCAGCGUCGGGCGCUGCGCAAGGGACGCGCGGCCACCACGAACGCGGGGCACGGGGAGACGAGACGCUCGAUGGGGCGAUGCACCUGAAGGACGAGGGACUGGGCCGACCAGGACACAAAGAGCGAGACUCGAUGUGGGAGCGAGGUGCAAAGAUCACGGAAGGAUCGUCUCGUGGCGACGGUAUAUGGGACGAUGUCUUGGAGCCUGGCACGGACAGCAAUGAGAUGGACUUGUCAAGUAUGGCAGAAGCCGCGGAACUGUUUCGACGAGAGAUGGACGCGAUGCGAGACGAGCUGCAGGGGCCGAGGGUCGACCCAAAUGAGAUUAAAGACGAUUUGGACGCCUUUGAUAAGAAACUGGAGGAUGCGGCGGCGGCGGGGCAGUUUGACGACAGUGACAAUGAAGAAGCUUCGUGGGGUGAUCCUGCACCAGGGGAUCAGCACGCUGCUGAUAGUGGCAACAAUCUGUCGGAUGUACACGCGGCAAACUCGUCCGAGCAGCAACCAAGCGACAGCCAUUUAUUCGAUGCGCUGGAACCUGCUGACGCGCCGCUUGUGCUCGAAGAGAAAGGUAGCUCUAUGUUCUCACAAGCGUCUGCAGAGGCAAGCUCUGCCGGGCUGCCUUCGUCAGGCACCGGGACGGCCGACGAAUGGUUUUACCUGGAUCCGCAAGGGUUGCAGCGUGGACCGUUCAAAACUGCCGAGAUGCGUGAGUGGUUUGAAGCAGGCUACUUCAAGCCGCACCUCCCGAUUCGUUUCGGCCAGCACGGCAUCUUUACGGCCUUGGCAAACCAGUUUGUGCCCGGGCAACUUCCAUUUGCGACUCUGCCGACCCGCAUGAGUAGUGUCGGAGGCAUUCAUCUGGACCCCAUCCAGAGCGAGCAACAGCGUUUGCUGGAACUGCAACAUGAGCAGCAGCGACAGCAACAAAUGCUGCAGCUUCAGCAACAGCAGCAGCAACAGCGCAUGCUGCAGGUGGAUCGAGAGGAGAAGAUACGUAUGGAGAUGCAACGGCUUGAAAUUGCGCGUCAGCAGCAGCAGACACAGUUGUAUCAGCAGCAACAGAUUCUGCACGAUCAGCAAGAAAAGCAGCGGCAACAGCAGCAGCACCAGCAGCAACAACAACAACAGUUUUUCUUGCAGCAGCAGCAAAAUUCGUGGCAACUGAGCCAACGUGAAGGUAUAAUGAGUGCGCUGGGUAUAUUCGGCGGAAACCAAGACAAUGUUGCACCGACCGACAGCUUCAGGACUGACGGCAUGCAGAGUCAGUUUCGGUCUGACUACCAUACACAUCACCAGCUGAACAUGUCGAAUGUCCAACCCGUCGCUCAGAACGCGGCUUUUGUGAGCGAUGAAGCACAGAGACGCACACAAGCGUUUUGGCCGAGCGCUGCUCCGGAGACACCUGGUCUGGAGAAUGUCACGAGUUUGGGCAUGCAAUCAGUACAACCUGUAAGUCCAGCAGCAGCACACUCGGCUCAGCUUCCUGAGCCAAACAGAUCAGCACCCGCCGCCAUACCCGAUGCAUGGGCACGUAGACAAAAGGUACCCGGGUAUCCGUCACCAAUGCUGCACGAUAUCCAGGUUGAAGAGGAGCAUCGUGCUGCACAGGAGUCUCGCAAUAACGACAAUCAAGCUACUGCACCACACGGACAGCCCGAAAAUGCCUUGUCCGCUGGUAAAUCGACGAAAAUGAAUGUAACGUCUGGCGGAGACAACGCAAGGGUGAGCUCGGGUUCAUUUCCAAAGAACGGCAGUCAUGCAGAAAACAGUACGACUGAAGCCGACGCGUGGGCUAUCGGAACAGCGCCUACUGCAGCUUCGUCAAAGUCGGUGUCGCUGAAAGACAUCCAGCAGGAAGAGCAACGCGAGUUGCUUGAAAAGAGGCACAGGGACAAGGGAGACACGGCGCAUCUUGCGCAAAUGGGGGCUCAGUUAAAGAUGAUGCUGGGUGUGGACUCAAUGGCCGUUCCACCGAGCAUUCCUUCAGCGUCUGUGCCACAAGCUACGGUGGCUAAGUCGACAGCACCAUCAACGUCAGCGCCGACAUCGAGCUCCCCUUCGCCUGCACCGGGUCCAUGGGGUCGGUCUCCCGCUGUCGUAUCGAGCGACAAGUCGAAGUCGAUGCGUGACAUUUUGGCCGAAGAAGAGCGGUUGGCACAGGAGCGCGCUAAGGCAAACGUGAAUGCGCCGGUGAGCUCGCAGUGGGUGAACAUAGUGGCCGGCAACAAGGCUGCUGCUGCAGCGAUUCCGAAGCCGUCCCGAUCCGUGUUGGGCCCUGUUCCCGCCUCCGUGCUGAAGAGCCGUCAGCAAGUCCGUGCUACCAAUGGCGCACUGAAGCCACCUCCGGCCAAGACUGGGAACGAUGCGUCGUUUUGGAACUUUGGAGCAGCCACGCAGCCGACUGGCAAAGAGUCUGCAGUCAGCGUAGGUAGCUCGAACGCGUUUGGAUCCAACAGCGUCUCGUCGGAGUUCAUGGCUUGGGCUUCGAAGCAGUUGAAGACGAUUGACGUGGACGCGAAUGUGACGUUGCUGGAAUACUGUGCGUCAGUAGAAGACCCGGGCGAAGUCCGCGAGUACCUGGCAGCGUAUUUGGGCUCGACGCCUCGUGUUUCGGCGUUUGCAACCGAGUUCAUCCAGCGGAAAAAGUCACAAAGUAGCGGCAAGAAGUCACCAGGGCACCAAGAUGCCCAGCAGCGUGCGUCGGAGAUGGACUCGUCUACUAGACGAGGCAAGCGUCGGUCCUGA